GCCGCCGCCCGCUCCACUCCACGCGGCCACGCCUCUGCCCUCGUCGGCUCAUCCGCCCGCCGCUGCCUCUUACAGGAUUCGGCGACCCCAAGAAAAGAUGGACGGGGAGGUAGAGAAUGUCGGGCCGUUCCGCCGGACGAGCACCCGCACGCGCCGCAUGGCCACGCGUAUGGCGUCCGCGCUCGCCAGCUCCGACAACCGCGCCCAGGCUGCGUUAGCUCGCCUUGAAGCUCUUGAGAGUGAUAAUGCUAGGGUUGACAUAGUAGAUCAUAAUGAUGAUGAGUAUGGGUCCACGGAUGAGGAAGACCCUGUUCUCAUGCAAAAGAAGCAGUCCAAGAAUAUGAAACGCAAGACAAGGCAAGGGAAAGCUUUGGAGAAGAGGGCAGCAAGAUCAUUCAUGGAUGUGCUACAAGAGGCAAAUCUGGAGACCCUUCCUCCUCAUGUCCCAACAUAUUUGAGGGCUGCUGUGGGCCCACCGAGCACUUCAUCCCGACGCCAUUAUUGCUCAGUUUGCGGAAAUUCUGCAAACUACACAUGUGUAAGGUGUGGGACACGGUUCUGUUCGUGCCGCUGUCAAGUUAUACACAAUGAUACUCGCUGCCUGAAAUUUGUGGCUUGAUUCACUUCUUCAUAUUUACAAGCUACAUUUGAUGUAUUUCUGGUCCCUAAUGAUCUGUCAUCUGUGCUUUGAUCAAUUGGACAUGCUUGUUGUGUAUAUUAUGUAUUCUGUAGGAGGUAGAAGACCAUUUUCUCAGCAGUGUACUGCAGUUGCGCUAGCUAGUUAGAUCUCUAAUACAAAUAUUAUGUGACUAGCAUAGCAGCCCUCAAAUGCUGCACUGUAGUGGCAAUCUGACUUAUGCACUUCAAAUGCUUCAGUGUGCCACUCAAUCUCUUUGUCAAUUUGAGAAUGUUACUCAAGUGGCUCUUUGUUUCAAUAUAUCUGAAUUACAUCGA